CUUGACAGCUGCUUCACACUCGCUUGGACCGCGGCAUUUUUUUUUUUACACGGCGGAAAUGAACAUCAAGUUCGUAGCUGAAAGUUUUCUUUUCCUCUUUUUUGUCGUGGAAGGCCAGUUGCAUGCUGACACAAUGAGAGAGAAAGCGAGGGGCUUUUCCACGCGAACCUUUCCCUCUGAAGUCCACUUUGUUCUGCUCCUGCUCGGCGCUUAGAUGCUACUUUAGAUGCCUCUCUGCACAUUUCCGUUAUGCGAAGUCCAACUUGGUGGUUAGUCGUCGUGCUGCGGUGGGUGCCCGUCCGAGAUAACGGAGAACUGAUUCUCUGCCAGUCUGGUUACUGCAAUGAAUGGUAACACUAUCCAUCCAGCCAACACCACUUCAGCAGGAGGAGGUCCGAGCGUAGCGGCGCCACCCAGAGGCUGGCGGGAGUUCUGCGAGCUGCAUGCCAUCGCCACCGCACGGCAGCUGGCUGGACAUUACCGGAGCUUCGCCAGUGAGCGCCCGCAGCAUGAACUGGUCCCCCCGGAAACCUUCUCCAAGCACUUCACCGACCUCUUCCAGCAGCACUUCUGCCUGGAAGUCGACAAAGAUGGCGCCUCCGGAAGCGCCUCCGCCACAACUCCCUCACCGCAUGCCCUGAUCAACCAGCUGCGGCACUCGACCUUGUCGCAGGACUACCGGGAGGCGAAGCGGUCAAGCGGAGGAGCCACGUCGAUAUCCGCGGUACCGAAAGUGGAGCCGGUAGUGGUGAGUCUUGAGCCGGAGCUGCCGCUGAGAUGCACUGCCAGAAACUCCUUUUCCGGGUCGCGAAGUGCCGGUGGUGGGUCGCUGCUGAUUCAGAGCCACAGCAAUGACGAGAUCUCAACUGCUGAUCGUCACCAGUCGUCCGAGCGCCACUCCUCGGACUCUUUGGUGUCGGGUUCUGGAGGACACGGCGACGUCACGCAUUUCCCUGUCAGCCAGAUCCAAAAGACAGUGCAGUGGAUUUUCCAGAAACGGCAAUCCCGCAGCUCCCACUCCUCCCAGGACCUGUCUCCAAGCAACCCCAACCCCGCCACCGCCAACAACAGCUCCUCAAACAACGGCGACAGAGUGGACGAAGGCUCAUCCUCAUCCUCUUCCUCCCAAUCGUUCUCUUUUCAAAACUCCGAGGCCACAGCUCUGGCCGCGUUGCACCGGCCCAGAGUCGUCUCGCAUCUCCUGGAGGGUUUCCGUUGGUUACGCAGCAGAAGUAUCCGGCUCCGGAGGCUGGACGUGAGCGGCUGCUGCAAGGAGGGCCAGCUCAAGUACCUGCUGGUGGAUGACACUAUCUCGGAUUCUCAGCCCCACUGGCAACGCUGCCGCCUGCUCGUCAGGAGGAUCAGAGACGCUCAAAGUGGAGGGGGCAGAGCAGGAAGCGAGAGGUACCAGCUGGAGCUGUACGAUCCCCCAAAGGCCUCCAGUCCCAAACUGACAACUCACUGCUCAGAUAUCCAAGAAGUCCGUCGCUGCACCCGACUGGAGAUGCCCGACAACUUAAACACAUUCGUUUUAAAGGUUAAUCGAGGGAGUUUGAUAUUUGAGACGGACAACGACCAGCAGGUCAGCUCCUGGACCACAGAGCUAAAGGAAUGCAUCAGCAACAGGUCAGGCAGUGUGGAUCUGGAGUCCCCCCUGUCCUCAGCUGACAGCUCUGCUCCAGCCAAUCAGAGGAGGAGCUCAGACUCAGGACGUCAGAGCCCCGUCACCUUCGCCCUCCCUGAGCAGGUCAUCCAGAAGGCCGAUGACUUCCUGGUUUCUUUCCCCUGGUUUCACGGCCCCAUCUCUCGGGUCAAGGCAGCCCACCUGGUGCAGAGCUCCGGACCCGACGGCCACGGCGUGUUUCUGGUCCGGCAGAGCGAGACGCGGAGGGGAGACUUCGUCCUCACGUUUAACUACCAGGGAAAAGCAAAGCACCUGCGCCUCUCUCUGAACGAAUGGGGUCAAUGCAGGGUGCAGCACCUGCGCUUCCCCUCCGUCAUGGACAUGCUCAGCCACUUCCGCCUCUACCCCAUCCCGCUGGAGUGCGGAGCAGCCGGAGCCGUCACGCUGUCCAGCUUCGUCCUGGCCGGCUCCACCACCCCCUCACAGGGCCAGCUCUCCGGCGCGCUCCUCGUCCCCUUCUCCCUCCAUCGGUGGAGCUCCGAGCCCAGCUUGGCUCGCUGCAGCUUGGCCCGCAGCUCCAGCCAGCCCCCCGCCUUCUCCCCGUCCCCCACCAGCACCACCUCCACCUCCAGCCCCGGCUCCUUCUCCCAGUUCGGCCGCGCCGUCCCGACCACGGAGCCCGCGCCGUCGGCGCCCGCCCACCUGCGCCGGAGCGAGUCGGUGGGGAGGCGGCCCCUGCUGCGCAACCCCAACCCUAACACUCCCAUCAUCCCUCAGCGGGAUUCGGACUACGAACUGGAGUCUGACCGCGGUCGCAAGCGGGCGAUAGACAACCAGUACAUGUUGCUCUGACCCUCCGCUUGGCCGGCCAUGAAGACGCAGUCGCGACGAUCGCUCGGAUGAAGUGCGUCGCCUUCAUCGGGAUGAAAACGAGGCCAACGAAAACGAGGGAACGAAUCCGAACAAGACAGACAAAUGCAAAAUACGCAAAGAAACCCCAACAAAAACAAGUUUGCCUCACCCUCAGAACCUCCAGUGUCCACAGUGAAUGUAUUUCUGGACUUUUUAAAGAGUAUUGACGAUGAUGAUUUAUCUUGUUUUUGAUCGACGAAAGAGAGAAAGUUUAUUAACACCUGUUGUGAUUUUCUUAUUAGUGCACUUGAUGUUAUUUCUGAAAUGAUGGGAAAUCACUGUGCGCUCCUUUUGGGAAAACUUAGGGCAUGAACUUUCCGCACAAAGUUCCCAAAGCGGAGGAAAACCUCCACCUCUCGACACAAACGAAGCUGCACUCCUUUUCUUCGUGGGAUCAAAUUCUGCUCUUCCUCUUUGUGCAUUAUUAAGCAUCUAAGUGUGCAUCACUUUCAGUGCACUUUGUACACGUUGUGUAUUUUUUCAAUACACACAAUCUUUUGUAGGAAAAAAAAAAACUAAAAAGGAAAAAAGAGGUAGUUCUAGAAACUAAAUCGCUGUUAAAAAACAGAAACGGGAUUAAGGAUUUUCCUGUCAGCUGAAGCUGAGUUUGUGAUCCGAGUCUGGAUGUGAGAUGAGCAAAACGAACCGUAAAGAAAUUAUGUCAGCAAAAUGAUGAAUUAAAGAAAAUGCCACAAAAUCAAACAAACUGGAGUGACAGUGAAAGUUUUACCGACCUACAGCCAAAAACCUGAGGUUUAGAAAAUGUUCAAAUCUGGAUUUUAACAUUGGCCAGAAUGUUGGCCCGACAUUCUGCUGCAGAAACCUGAGAAAU